CCUGUGUGCGCAGCUCGCUGUGGCUGGUAAAGGAGCUCGAGGCUUUGGGCGGGGAGCCCUGAUCCGCCUGAACAUCUGGCCGGCUGUCCAAGGGGGCUGCAAACAACUGGAGCUCUGUGAGCGUUGUGUAGAGGGAGACAGAGCCCACAACCUCUCGGGCUGCGUGUGGGAGCAAUGUCGGCCAGAGGAGCCAGGACACUGUAUGGCCCAAGCUGAGGUGGUCAAGGAAGGUUGCUCUGUCUACAACCGCUCAGAAUCAUGUCCCGCUGCCCACCACCACCCCACCUCUGAACCGAAGACAAUCACAACGGGGAGCCCCCAAGUCCCUGAAGCCCACAGCCCUGGCUUUGAUGGGGCCAGCUUUAUUGGGGGUGUCGUGCUGGUGCUGAGCCUGCAGGCGGUGGCCUUCUUCGUGCUGCGCUUCCUCAAAGUCAAGGACAGCACCUACCAGACACUACUCUGACUCCCUCGGGCCCGUAUUCCACAUGGAGGGGAAGGAGGAUGCAGAAGCUGCCCUCUUGGCCCUCUUGUGGGCACUGGGGGUGGGAAAAACUUUGGCCACCAAUUUCCAGCCCCUCUGGGCACCAAGCAAGCUUAGCUCCCAAUACCUGACUUCCCCUCCUGUCCUGGGUCUGGUACCUGCAGCUGAGAGCAUCUUUCUACCACCUCGUAUCUCAUCGUCAUCCCUGCUGGGCCCCCAGCCUGGCAUCUGGGUUCUGUGCCUGCCUCUUCCCACCAACCUGGCCUGGGCACUGCCCCCAAUAAAGGAACUCUUUCCA